UUUGGUGAAGGUGACACCGGUUGCAUAUUAUUCUAGUCUUUGUUGUCGAAGUGUUGAAUUAAAUAAUUAAUUGGACCUAAUUAUUGUCUAUCGUUUCAGUUGAUUAAACAUUUUUCAGUAAAUGAUGACAACCAGUUUAUGAUGAAAACCUGUAAUCCUGGUUCACUAUUGUUUUGGUUGGUGUAGUCAACAAGCAGUCAAUUUUUCUAUACUGUGUUUAUUGAGUUGUUUGUUUCGUGUAAUUUUGGCUACAUAAUUUGUUAUGCAACAGUUUAAAAUUAAAGUCAACUGCUAAGUAUUAUUCGAUAUUGAAGGAGAGAUUGUCUUUGGUCGUCUAAAUAUUUCAAAUCGGCUUCCGAUCUGACUAUUGUUCUCGUUAUUUUGCCACGCGAUUCACUUAUUGUUAUUACUUUGCUGUUUCUAAGAUUGGACUUGAUUUUAGUGAAUAUCUUCUAGACCAACAAAAUGGACUUUUUUCUUCGGCUACUUCGCCAAGUGUUAGACUAUUUGGCGAUUGUGUAUGGUAACUUUUUUCAUCCAACCAAACGAGGUUUAAUUCCUCCAAUUACAAACCCAAUUUUGUUAUUAACGGCGACCCAAAUCAGUCAAAGAGUUAAAGAAGGAAAACUUAAAGCGAAACAAGUUGUUGAAGCUUAUUUCAAAAGAAUUGAGGAAAUAAAUCCUUUAACCAAUUCGGUUAUAGAGAUUCGGAAAGAAGCUUUUGAAGACGCGAUCGCAAUAGAUGAAAGAGUCGAUAAAGAAUUGAAUCAAGGAAUUAUCGGCGAGGAUGGACGUUCUAUUAAAGAUUUUCCAUUGCUGGGAGUUCCAUUUACAUGUAAAGAUUCAGUUAGUAUUGAAGGAAUGCAUCUAGUUUCUGGCCUUCCCGAAAGAAAAAAUAUAAUCGCAUUGGAAGAUGCUCCAGUUAUUGUAAAUCUUCGUAAUUCUGGUGCUAUUCCUAUGGCUUUGUGUAAUGUACCUGAGCUGUUAAUGUGGUGGGACGCUCACAAUCCUGUUUUUGGCCGUACUAAUAAUCCGUAUGACUUAUCAAGGAUACCCGGAGGCUCAGGAGGAGGUGACGCUGCGACCUUAGCUUCAGCAGCAUCAGUUGUUUCCGUUGGAUCAGAUAUUGGAGGUUCUGUUCGUAUUCCUGCUUUCCAUUGUGGCAUUUUUGCACACAAAACAAGCGCCGGAGUAAUUUCAAGCAAAGGAAAGUAUCCGCCAAUGCUUCCUGAAAAGGAAUCUCUUUUCGCAUUUGGGCCAAUAACUCGUUAUGCAUCUGAUUUGAUCCCGAUGUUAAAAGCUAUGGCUGGUGAUGGUAUCGCCAAGUUAUCCAAAAUAGAUGAACCUGUAGAUAUUUCAAAAUUGCGAGUAUUUUACAUGGAAGGUGAUAACAAUCCAAUGACUACACCUUUGAGUCCUGACAUGAGAGAUUCAUUGAAAUCUGUAGUCAACCAUUUAGAGGAGCAAUACAAAAUUAAAUGUACAAAAAUAUCAUUUGACAAAUUUAAUUAUACAUUGUCCAUGUUCAAGGCUAGUCUUGCGGAAAGUGGAUCAGUUCCUCUUACGAUAGAAAUGACCAAUCGUAAAUAUGCUCUUAAUCCAUUCUGGGAACUGAUUAAAUGGGUUUUCGGAUUUUCCGCUCAUUCAUUAGCUGUUAUAAUGGUAGCCAUUGUUGAAAAAACGACACCACCAUUGGAAACACCUAUUGUACAAGGAAACUUGGCAGUUCGAGAAUUGUUAAAGAAGGAAUUUAAAGAGAAAAUUGGAGAUGAUGGAAUCCUUUUGUAUCCAACAUUUCCAGAACCGGCCACCAAACAUGGAACAACUCUUCUUAAAUUUUCCAACGUGAAUUAUACUUCAAUUUUCAACGUUUUAGGUGUUCCAUCUACAGCUUGUCCAAUGGGACUAAACUCGGAAGGUCUUCCUUUGGGUUUACAAGUUGUCGCUAAUCCAUAUAAUGAUCAUUACACCAUUGCUGUAGCGCAUGAGAUUGAAAAGACUUUUGGAGGUUGGGUUCCACCUUGUACCGUUGCUUGCUGAUCUUUUACUUAAAAUAAUAUAAAAAAAACUCUUCAACUCUCUUGAGAUUAUCAUGCUCUAAUCCAAGCUAAUCAUGGAAGGAAUACAUUCUAUUCACGUGUUAGCUCAAUAUUGAGCAAUGUAAAAAUUUCCAAACUUCGUUGUCCAGGCCACCACUAAUUUUAAGCACUUAAUCAAGACUAUCCUGAAUCAAUUAAUCAUGAAAAUAGGGUGACUAUGGAGCCGCAAUCUAUAUACUCUCGACAUUCAAUCAUAUCUGCAAUAUGUUUUUCAAAUUCUGAAUUAUCUGUAAUUUACUUAAAUUAUCUUAAGUAUUAUAUUUAUAGUUUUAAUUACUGACUAUGGGUUGUAAGAAGUACUCAUAUUUUUACUUCAAUUGAUUCCUCUAUAGAUUUACAUUAUCAUGUCAAACUUAUGUGAUGCUUAAAUUUCUUAAACCACCUUUAUAUUACAUGUUUAAAUACAAUCAAGUAUUAUUUUUGGAACAAAUCACAAUAUAUUUUGUUCAGAACUACAGUAUUUCUUUGAGUUUUUGGCUUUUUCGGAGUGCUGAAAUCUAUUUGAAAUACAGGGGGAAAUAAUUAAAUUUACAUUUUAAACAAUCA